AUGCGGGUGUCAAGGCCAUUAAAGAAGCAGCAAAGCAGCAGCGCGGAAGACUGGGGGGGGCAGCAGCCAGCAGCAAGAGCUUCUUGCGGGGAGAGCCACACGGGAAACUCCCCUGCACGCAGCAGCAGCAGCAGCAGCAGCAGCAGCAGCAGCAGCAGCAGCAGCAGCGCGAUAAGAGACGACUCGGUUGAGGCUUUUGCUGCUGUGUCGCUGCCGCUUCCCGUUGCUGCUGCUGCGCCCCCAGCAGCAGCAGCAACAGCAGCAGCACCAGCAGCAGCAGCCGCAGCAGCAGCAGCAGCGGAGACGCAGCACUUGGCGCUGUCGUUUACGGCGUCGGGCUUCCUCAACGACGACCCAGUGUUCUUCAACCCUUACACGCGGCUGCUGCUGCCCCACAAGCAGCAGCAGCAGCAGCAGCAGCAGCAGCAGUGGCAGCCGCCCGGCUACUCUAUUGAGUGGCAGCAGCCGCUGCCUGGGGCGACGAAGCCAGCAGCAGAUGUGCUGCUGUCUGUACACCCCAGCCUCUCGCAGCUGCCUGACGGCUACCUGGUGCUGCAGCUGGAGAGGCACGACCCUCAAUACGGCAGCAGCAGCAGCAGCAACAGCAGCAGCAGGACGGUGAUUUCUGCUUCGCUGCUCCCGCCCGAGAGAAGCAGCAGCAGCAGCAGCAGCAGCAGCAUCGGAGAGGAUGAAGAGCUUCUGGGCGCGCGCAUUCUCACAGCAGCAGAAACAGCCGCUGCAGUAGCAGCAGCAGCAGCAGCAGCAGCGGGGGGCACGAGUCCGUCGUUUGCAGUGUAUGCAGAGUCCCCCGAGCAGCGCGUGCGCGUGCUGCAGCAGCUGCAGCAGCAGCACGAGCAGCAGCAGCAGCAGCAGCAGCGGCAGGAGCUCACCCCCCACCAAAUUGCUGCAGCUGUGCGACGGGCCACAGGCAUUAAAGGCAGCAGCAGCAGCAGCAGCUCUGGGAUCGCCUUGGGAUCGGCCGAUCCCCAGGGACCCCACACUUCGGUCUGGGGUGUAUGGACAGCAGCAGCAGGCAACGAACCAGUUCCAUAUUAUGUUGUCUUGUGUCUAAUUGUCAUGCUAGGUUUGCUGCUGCUGCUGUCAGUUGCACUGUCCAUCAAAAGGCGGGGCUGCUGCUGCUGGCUGUCGCGCCGCAGCCCGCCUUACCAGGCGCUGCAGGGGACUGCAGCAGAAGCAGCUGAGAGUGCAGAUGCUGCUGCUGCUGCUGCUGCAGCGCAGGCUGGUGCUGCUGCUGCUGCCUUAAAGCCAGCUGCUGGCGCUGCUGUCGAGGAGCCACCUGCUGCUGCUGCUGCUGCAGAAGAUGCUGCUCGCGAAGCCGCGUGA